AUGUGUGAACCAGUCAGUUGGGAGAGGCAGCAAAUACGUGGAUCUCAUUUCCUGGUCCUUGGCAUCUCCUGUCCCCUGCUGAUUCAUCCUUUCUCCUGUUCUGAUGCUGAGCUGUUCUCAAGCCCAGAAGCUGAGACCCCUUAUGCCCGCCCGUCCUCACGGGCAUCACCCCCGCCUCCCGUGCCUUGGGCUUUUCCUGGUGAACUCUGGACCCUGAAAGCAGAGCUGACCCCAUUUUCCAAGAGCUCUCAUCAGCCUAAAGGAAGUGAGCAGCAGUCCUGGUUCGAGAGAUGUGUUGAUCCGGGAAGGGGGCCGAGGGUGGGGGGGGGGGACCUGGAGAAGGUGCUUCUUGCGAGGGAGUGCUUAUUGAACCCUUGCUUCUGCCCUCUCUGCUCUCCAGUUACACCCUCCAGAGUCCAGCGAACAAACAUUGCGGCCCCAGCUCCUCGGCUCACGAGUCCUGACCCUGCCUCUAGGGCCACUGACGGCUCUGCCCACAGACCGCCUUACCUGGUCCUGGUCCAGGUAUCCAAGAGCUGUUUUGGACUGGAGAGUAAACUGCAAAAGUAUUUCCCGAGCCAGAAGAAGUCCGGGGUAGGCGAGUACACGGCCAAAGCCGUCCCUACCGAAGGAACUUUCUGGGUAGAGUUUUUGGAAAGAGAAGCAAGGCAACGAGUCCUGGAGAGAGAGAAUCAUGAGUUAGAAUUGCCAGGAGAAGAAAAGUCGAAGCUCACUGUCAGAUUGCCUACAGCAAAGGAUGAGGAUGAAGGCAAUGAAGAACAAAUCCCAACAGAAGAAUCCAAUAUCAAAGACAGAGCCAAAGAACAAGAUGUAUCAGAAGACCGGGACCCAGAGCUCCCACUGGACAGAAGAUUGAAUGAGACAGAGGACAUGUGCAAAGGCUCUGAAAAUGUUCCCAUUUUGGUGGCACUUAAAAAUCUCCAAGAUCUGGAGAACGAGUAUCUCCUGAUUUUGCUGGUGGAGAACAUUAGUGGUCUGUCAAAAACUCACGGAGAUUUUGAAGUUGAAGUCAUACCUGAAGUGGAAGCUGCUGUGUUUACCUUUCUGAAACACAUUGGUAAGACUGAGUACAAAUUAGAAAAUGUUCAUCUGCAAGACAAUUCAGCUCUGAUUGAGUUUUCUGAAUGCCAAGUGGUCAAAGCCAUAUUGACAAAGAAUCUUCUCUUCAACAACAAUUCCAUUUCAAUGUUCCCAUACUACCAUAGUUUGGGUACUGCUUUAUAUGGAAAAACAAAACAACCAGUAAAGCUGCCAGAGCCCAUAGCAAUACCAUUGGAGCCUUAUCUAUUGAAAUUCUUACAGAAAGAUAAUAAAGUAAUUGGAGAGAUAACUAGCAGCAUGGAGAGUGCUCACUGUCAGCUAACAUGGCCCCAACCUAAUUGUAAAGAGCCAGAAAUUACACCCAGUGCAGCAAUUACACUCAGUCCUUCAGUCACCUUAGUCAGCCAAAGAACAAAGAGCAACAUAAUCAAGACAUGGAGUAAAGAUGUCUCUGAGAAAUUCUCUUGUCUUAUGUCUAAAUACCAGGUCACUAAGUAUAGAGCGGACCGAGUGGCGUGGGAAGCCAUCAAAGACAGCAUAGAAAGUAAGAGCAUUAUGACUGAGUUUGAUAAGUCUCAGGAGACAGUGAUCAUAGCAGGAAGACUGGAGGAUAUGCAAAGAACUGAACCACAAAUGAGGACCCUGAUAGAAAAGGCCACCCAAAAAAUAGAAAGGGAAAAACAAAGCAUAAGAGAGAACUUGACCAUGUGUCCUAGACGGUUUUCCAUUUUACACAACAACAGGUUAGAAGAGACUCUCCACAAGGAAUACCCAGAGCUGGGAAUCACUUACAAUGCCCUCACAAAGAGCAUUAGCCUGAGUGGAUUGGCUGCAGAUGUGUACAAAGCAAAGAGUGAAAUUCUGGAGAAGCUGCAGAGCUUGGCUCAGAAAUCCCUCCAUGCUCCUCCUCAGAUCAUUCAGUUUCUGCAGCAGGUAAACUGUGAGACAUUCUCUGAAUCCCUUUUUGGAGCAGAGAAAAUUCCUGCUGCUUAUGAGAUGGAGGGUGAAGCAGUUGUGCUGGUUGCCUCCUCUCCCCAAGUUCUUUCAAAAGCUGAGGAACACAUGAAAAGAGUAUUGGAUUUUAAGUGUAUCAAUGUUGUAGACAGUGGGAUUGUCAGUGAUUGUCAGUGGAAAAAACUCGUUGACCAUUUAAAUCAGAAAUACAACUGCUCUUCAAGGACCAUAAUAAUAGAACAGCAAAAUUCAGAUACUGGUGUUCAGAUAAUCAUUGCUGGUUAUGUUAGUCCAGUAUGUGAAAGCUACCAGGAACUUUAUGAAUUUAUAGAAAAAAACACAAAAAUACAGGAGUUGGUCACUGUUAACUCUCUAGCACAUAUCCAAUAUAUGAAGGAGGGAAAAAAGCAAAUCUGGAAAACACUAAAGGAAAAAAAUGUGAAGUGUGAUUUCAAAACUCCAGCCAACCAAAGGGGCAUUUCACUGAGUGGUCCAAAAGGAGAAGUAGUAAGAGGAGUGGCCAUGGUUAAACAAGCACUAGGUUCAAUAUAUAUUAGAAACUUUAGCAUUGAUAUACCAGGGGCCAAAACUUUAUUCAAAGAUAGGGAAGAGUUUUAUAAAAUGGAAGCAAAAAGGAAAUAUCGUUGUACAAUCUGGCUACAAGAAGAUGAAGAUGACAACAGUGGGGACAGUAUUAAUGGGAAGAAGGUCCACUGCAAGAUAACCUUAGAAUCUGGCAUCUUAUUAACUGUUCAGGAAGGUGACUUAACCCAGUUCUCAGCAGAUGUGGUGGUGAAUGCAGCAAAUGAGGACCUAAAGCACUGUGGAGGCCUGGCAGCUGCGCUCUCUAAAGCAGCAGGCCCAGAGCUGCAGAGGAACUGUGACCAGAUAAUCCAGGAACGGGGUAAGAUUACUCCUGGCCGUGCUGUUGUCUCAGCCCCUGGACAGCUCCCGUAUAAGCAAGUGAUUCAUGCUGUUGGCCCCCAGUGGAAGCAAGAAUAUGCUCACACAUGUGUGCAGUUACUAAAAAAUGCUAUCACAGAGUCUCUUUAUCUGGCUAGACUUGGUGGCCACACUUCAAUAGCUCUCCCAGGUUUUACCUCCAGGUACUUUGGCUUCCCCUUAAAAGACAGUGCAGAGACCAUCAUCCAAUCCAUCAAGGAAAACUUCCAGGACUCCCCAAAUACACAUAGCUUGAGAAAGAUCCAUCUUGUUGAUUCAUCUGUGGAGACAGUUCAGGCUCUUUCCAAAACUGCGAAGGCCAUCUUCAAAGAUGCAUUACUUAGUAACAGUUCACUGUCCUGUACACCAUUAGAAAACCAGAAAACCACCUUGAGAAGAAGUACUGAACAUAGAAAUGUAUUGGACUCCAUCCAAACUAGUGAAAGUCUGAGCAUCCUCUUGAUGAGAGGGGAUGUUCAAGAUGCAGAGACUGAUAUUAUUGUAAAUUCCAUUCCUUUCGAUCUUCAUCUCCACAAUGGACCACUUUCUCGGGCCUUAUUGAGGAAAGCUGGCCCAGAACUCCAGGAAGAAUUAAAUACUUUUGGAAAAAUAUCAGUGAAAACAGGCCAUGUUCUCCGGACAAGAGGCUAUAAUUUGGGCUGCAGAUUUGUGCUCCAUGUGGUGGCUCCUACCUGGGAUGGUGGAGCAGGGAAUUCACAAAAGAUCAUGGAAGAUAUUAUCACAGAAUGCCUGGAAACCACUGCCUCCCUGUCUUUCACAUCAAUCACAUUUCCAGCAAUUGGAACAGGAAAUUUGAGAUUUCCAAAAAACAUUUUUGCAAAAUUAAUCCUUUCCCAGGUGUUAAAAUUCAGUAGUUCUGGACCUUUGAAGAAUCUGAAAGAAGUGUGCUUUCUGUUGCAUCCCAGUGAUACUGACAACAUUCAGGCAUUUAAAAGAGAAUUCACUAAAUAUACUGAUGGAAAUACUACCAGUGCCAGAGUUUCCAACACCAGUGAUACACAAGAUCCCUUUGGGACUAUUUCUAGCCCUGAAUUGGGAGUAUAUCAAAUCAGGAUUGGAUCUAUUACCUUCCAGGUUGCUUCUGGGGACAUCACUAAGGAAGAGACUGAUGUUAUUGUAAAUUCAACAGACAAGACAUUUGUCCUCAAAAAAGGGGUUUCCAAAGCCAUUUUAGAAGCUGCUGGACCAGCUGUGGAAUCAGAGUGUGCCACACUAGCUGGGAAUCAUCACAGAAAUUUUAUAGUAACACAAGGUGGAAAUCUAAGGUGCAAGAAAAUAAUUCAUGUUACUGGGGGAAAUGAUGUCAAGCAAACCAUCUCUCAAGUCCUACAGGAAUGUGAACAGAUGAAAUACGUGUCCGUUUCCCUCCCAGCCAUAGGAACAGGACGGGCCAAAAAAGAUCCUACUCAUGUUGCUGAAUCUAUAAUUGAUGCCAUUAAAGAUUUUGCACAGAAAGGAUCUGGCCAAUCAGUGAAAAAAGUGAAAGUGGUCGUCUUCCUGCCACAGCUACUGAAAGUAUUUCAUGAUACUAUGAAAAAAAGAAUAAGCUCUAAGCCAACAACCUCUGUGCUCUCAAAAACAAAAUGUCUUGCAAGCCAGCCUCCGAAAAAACAAGAUAAUUUGGUUUUGGAAAAAAUAAAAAAAUCAGCAACUUUCCAGGUGUGUGGUGAAAGCAAGGAGAAUAUUGAAAGCACUAUCUCUUGGAUACAAGAUUUGAUUUCAAAGGAACACAAAAGUUGUACUUUGUCUGAUGAGAUAAUCAAAAACUUUGGUGAAAAAGAAUACAUUGAACUGAAUGAGCUACAAAAAAGGUUAAAUAUCACCAUUGAUGUGAAACAUGGAAGGUCUCAAAUUGAAGUCACAGGAACUACCCAAGAUGUGUUUGAGGCUUCCCAGGCAAUUCAAGGCAUGAUCAAGAGAACACACUUAUGUAUGGAUGAGGAGUCUAAGGCUGAGGAGCUCAGUAGAACCACCAUAUGGGAGUAUAAUGACAAUGGUCUUUUCAAGCCUUUUGACAAAAUAACUAAUCUGCAUUUAGAGGAUGCAAGGAAAGGAAAAAAAAAUAACCUUGUUAAAAUUAAGAAUGAAAACUACACAGUAGACUUUAACACUAACCUUGCUACAAAUGGAAAGGGACACAGUUUGCCUGUUCGUCGUAUCAAAAAACCUGAAGUUGAGAUCCCUAAUCACUGGGAUGAGAUGAAAGACCAGAACCUUCUUUUGGUGGAUUUACCUCCAGGACAUCAAGAAUACAACCAAGUAAAAGACAAGUUUUCUCGGACUUGUGCUAACUUCACAAUAGAGAAGAUUCAGCGGAUACAGAACAGAAGCCUUUGGAAUUUGUAUAAGACAAAGAAAAUACUCAUAGAUGAACAGAACAAACACACGAAUAAUGAAAAAUUCCUCUUCCAUGGGACAGAUGUUGACUCAGUGUUCCAUGUCAAUAGCCAAGGCUUUAAUCGCAGUUAUGCUGGGAAAAAUGCUACAGCAUGGGGAAAAGGAACUUAUUUUGCUGUCAAUGCCCAAUAUUCAGCUCACGACACAUACUCCAAGCCAGAUAUCAAUGGGAAGAAGCAUAUGUAUUACGUGCGAGUACUUACUGGUGAUUACACUCUUGGAAAUUCAUCAUUAAUUGUCCCUCCACCAAAGAUAACUCAAGAUGCUAAUGUUCUAUAUGACAGUGUCACUAAUAAUGUGAGAAAUCCAACCUUAUUUGUCAUAUUUUAUGAUAAUCAGGCUUAUCCAGAAUACCUCAUUACUUUCAGGAAUUAACAUUUUGGUUUCACAUCCAAAAGAUACUAUGUAGACACUUAUUUGUAGCAUGUUUUAGCAUUCAAUGUAUUUUUUUAGCUCACAACAUUUCAAUCUUGUUGCUAAAAUUAAAAUUUUUUGCAUUAUCACAAGUGUGAUUUUUAA